AUGGCCGGGUGCAGCCACGAGCACCGCCACGACGAUGCAGACCAUGUGAAGCCGGGGGAGGGGCAGCAGGACCUGCUGUACCUUGCCGUGGACCGUGACAGGAUCACCGCCCUGAACGAGCGCGAGGCGGGGUCCGCCGCGCGGGUCGUCAAGCCGUACGAUGCGCGCCUCGACGAGACGCACGUGCUCGAGUCGGACGUCGACGACGAGCUGCUGAUCACUGUGCCGUUCACGGGCAGUGUGCGCGUGCGGGCGCUGCUGCUGCGCAGUGGCCCGGGGGGCGCGACGCCGCGCGCCGUGCACCUGUACAAGAACGCCGAGUCGCUCGACUUUGACGACGCCGCCGACGAGUCGCCGCCGCCGACGCAGAAGCUCACGUCGGUCCCCGAGACGUCCGAGGUCGUCGAGAUCCCGCUGCUUGCGGCGCGGUUCCCCGACGUGCAGGCGCUCACGCUCCUCGGCGGCGCGCGCACGCGCCUCUCGUUCCUGGGUUUCCGGGGCGAGGCGCGCGUCGCGCAGCGCAGCGGCCCCGCGCAGAUCGUGUACGAGGCCGCCCCGCGCGCCGCCGACCACCCCCGCGCGCGCGAGACGAACGACGCGCGCCCGGGGUCGACGUAG